AUGAGGUUAACAGCACUGUGGGUAUGCGGGACCCUGCUGGCCUUCUCGAGUCUCUCCUGGAUCACAGCAGACUCCGAUGAAGGACUCCUCCUGGGGGAUAAAGGAUUUGGGCCUUGUGCUGCAACGCUGAGACCCGACGGGCCAUGCAGCCAGGAUGAGGGCUCCUGUCCUUACCUAUUCAGCCUGCCGCCGCUGACUGUUCACUUGCCACAACAGCUCAGAGAGCUGGAGAAGAUCAUGGAGGACCUGCAGAAGCUGAAGGACAGCGUGGAUCAACUGAGGGAGCUGUGUGCAGACUUUGUCUACAGAGACUGCUCGGACCACCUGCUCAGAGGAGAAGCUCGGAGCGGCGUGUACCUGGUGACCCCCGACCCCCGCGGCGGCAGCUUCCCGGUGUUCUGCGACAUGGAGCGGGACGGUGGAGGGUGGACGGUGCUGCAGCGGCGCCAGGACGGCAGCGUGAGCUUCAACCGCACCUGGGCGGAGUACCAGGCCGGUUUCGGGGAGCUGGACGGCGGAGAGUUCUGGCUGGGCAACGACCUGAUCCACCUGCUGACCCGGGACAGGGAGAUGGCGCUGCGGGUGGAGCUGGAGGACUUUGAAGGGGUGGCGGAGUUUGCGCAGUACCAGCAGUUCAGGGUGGCCAGCGAGCGGCUGCGCUACCGGCUGACGGUGGGAGGAUACUUCGGUACCGCAGGUGAUGCUCUCCGCUUCAACAAGAGGUACGACCAUAACCACAGGGCCUUCACCACCCCGGACAGAGACCACGACCGGUAUCCAUCCGGGAACUGCGGGGUCUACUAUAGCUCCGGGUGGUGGUUUGACGCCUGCAUGGCUGCAAACCUCAACGGGAGAUACUACGAGGGGAGAUACAAGGGAGUCAGGGAUGGGAUCUUCUGGGGGACGUGGCACAACAUCUCCACAGAGUAUUACCCCACUAAUGACAGACAGUCCUUUAAAUCAGUCCGGAUGAUGAUCAGACCAAAGGGCUUUGCACCAUGAAGCUGGGACUCUGCUCCGGGGCGUUUUUGGGAAAAGCAUCAAAGGGCUAAAUUUCAACCAUAAGCUCCUAAAAUAUUCCAUAAAAAUUAUUGUUACUCUGCUUAUUUACCAGCUGUUGACACAAUGCUGCCGCCUUGUGGUGACUGACUUUGCAGUAGCGUUUUGUUGAAAGGAUGAUAUGACAAUAACUGAGGAUGUACAUACUAGUUCCAGAGGUCAUAGUCCUGAAUGCAUUUUAUCUUUUAUAACAUUAUUAUGUCUUCAUAACAUUUUUCUAGAGAGUGGAAUCUGCUUAGCUGAGGGAAGUUCUCCUGUGAAGAGUUAUUUUUUAUAUCAGUAAAGACAGACGGAAUCUGACGGGUAUACAGAUUUUAUAUUGCAGUACUGGAAGGCCAGCUGAUUGUUGACAGAGGCUGUUUGGGAUGUUUAAGAACUGCCUACUUUUGUUUUGUUAAUACGAAUAAAAUUAAUUUAC